CUCCAACCCUGCGCUGUAAGCCCUUUUGCUCGCUCUCGCGCAAAUCUGUGCUGGUUCCUCUGUCAGAAAGAAUGCGUGUGCUCAGUCAUGAGUCUGUAGUUGGUAAGCGCUGACACUGGACUGCAGGCUCUGUGGAAGAGGCAUUGUAUUUUUGAGGUGUUAUUUGGGGGGAAAAGGAACGUUGUUUUGGAUUAUGGAAGCAUCUUGGUCUGACAGCAGGCCCUAUACUUUUACUUUUGCAUGAGUGAUCAUUGAUUUUUUGCUUUCAGACGUGUUGAUCAAAUUACCUUCUUGGACACCUUCUUCUGGAAAUUACUUACUGGCAUUUUCACUUGUGUUGUGUAAAGUUUGAUUUUCGGAACAAUUUAGUUUGAAACCGCAAAGUGUUCUAAAAGUGUGCGAUGCAUUGGAACGACUUAGCACAACUCUGACAAGAAUCGCAAUUUCCACUGAGAGGAUAUAAACGAAAUAUAUAAUCCAUGGAUUUAUUUACCAACUCUUUGUAAAUCGUGAAGUUACAUUCGAAUAUAUUCUUUCGAAUAUAUUUGUGUGAUUGUGAUCUACAGUCCCCUAUUUGCGGUUCGCAGAAUUCCAUUGCGCCUUGGGGCACCUGCAUUGGACCUAAUUCUUGAUGAAUGGGAUGCAUGUGCACCACACAGUGACGUAUUUUUAUUAAUCAGAAGGCUCUUGGCAGGGCCUAAUAAUGUAUGCUGGACGCAAAAGGAGGAAGCCGGUUACGAAAACGGCGAAACCACCCCCGACUGAGGCAGUGAAGUCUAACCCUUCCAAGCGCCACCGUGACAGGCUGAACUCAGAACUGGAGCGUCUGGCCAGCCUGCUUCCCUUUCCUGAGGAUAUCACCACCAGUUUGGACAAACUCUCCAUUCUACGCCUGAGUGUCAGCUACUUACGAGCCAAGAACUUCUUCUCAGUUGCCCUGAAAAACCACACAAGCAAGAAUGGGGUGACAGCCAUGGUGGGUAGGCAAGACAAUGGCAAAGCAGCAAGAUUGGCAGACGGCUGGAUGCUUGAAGGUGAACUCCUACUGCAGGCCCUGAAUGGCUUCGUCUUGGUCAUCACUGCUGAUGGAACCAUAUUUUACACCUCACACACCAUUCAGGAUUAUCUGGGAUUCCAUCAGACGGAUGUCAUGCACCAGAGUGUGUUUGAGAUGGUUCACACGGAGGACCAGCAGGAGCUCAGGCGAAGCCUUCAUUGGGCCCUGAACCCUCCCUCAGCCUACCCCACACCUCAGGACUCUCCCACCGAUGGCGAACGAGUCGGCAAUUCAUUGGUUGCCCCCCCCUGCAAUCCGGAGCAGCUGCCCCCUGAGAACUCAUCAUUCCUUGAAAGGAGCUUUGUGUGUCGCUUCCGAUGUCUCUUGGACAACUCCUCUGGCUUCUUAGCUCUUAGUCUUCAGGGAAGGCUCAAAUUCCUGCAUGGUCAGAGCCAGCAAGGGCCUAACGGAGUUAAGGCUCCACCUGAGCUGGCCCUGUUUGCUAUCGCCACACCCCUGCAAUCGCCCUCCAUCUUGGAGAUUCGGACAAAGAACAUGAUCUUCCGAACCAAGCACAAACUGGACUUUACCCCCAUGGCUUGUGAUGCAAAGGGCAAGAUAGUUUUGGGCUACACGGAAGCGGAGCUCAGGGUUCGUGGUUCCGGCUAUCAGUUCAUCCAUGCAGCAGACAUGCUCUACUGUGCAGAGAACCAUGUCCGCAUGAUAAAGACAGGUGAAAGCGGGCUGACCGUGUUUAGGCUCCUCACAAAGGACAACCGCUGGAAGUGGGUUCAGGCCAACGCUCGCCUAGUGUACAAAAAUGGCAGGCCUGAUUACAUCAUCGCCACCCAGAGACCUCUACUGGAGGAGGAGGGAGGCGAGCAACUGCGGAAGCGAUCGAUGCACCUGCCCUUCACCUUCACCACUGGCGAAGCCACGCUCUACCACAGUAGCCACCCUAUACCAGGCUUCGGCGACAGCCAUAUGGGCAGCGGUGAGGGCAGCUGCAAUGCCAAGAAAGGACAGGCCGACAAGGAGUCCAAGGACACCCUGGACCCCGGCUCCUUGCUGGGGGCCAUGAUGAGCCAGGACGAGUCGGUGUACAUAAGCCAGCCGGCCGUCGAGGCCAAGGUGUCCCUCCAGAGCCAACUGUUCGGCGACCUCAAGGGACAGCACCAGUUUGCCGGGAGUAUCCCAGUGUCCCAGUGCUCAGAGAUGUUUGAGGAGCGCUGGGAGGAGAUGACAAACGGGGCCUCUGUGCUGGGGCUGCCCGAGAACGGGAAGAGUUUCGACCCUCUCCUGGCCACCUUGGACUCGCUGUCCUUGGGGGGCGAGGGACCUGGGGAGGGAAGCAAGGACAACUGCUCGAAUGGCGAGCUGUUCAGCGCUCUGGAGGGCUUGGGGCUCAGCGCGGAGGACCUGGAGCUGCUUCUGCUGGACGAGCGGAUGAUCCGCGUGGAGAUGGACCCAGAGCACGUGCCCUCUCUCGACGACCUGCUCACCGGCGACGAGAUCCUGUCCUACAUCCACGACUCCCUGGAGCACAGGGGUGAUGCCGAGGGGCAUUUGGCCUCCGCCUUGCCGCUCCCAACCCCGCAGACGGUUACAGCCCAGGUGCCUGAAUCUUGCGGCGCUCACGCCUCCAGUGUGAACACGCUCACUCAGAGACCACCAGUCGGUCAGCCUCCGAUCAUGACGCUUUCCCAGCAAAUGCAUCAGCAUCUCAGUUUGAAACAACCUGCUAUGUCAGCUUUUAACUCAUGGGGACAGCAGUGCGGUCAUUCAGGUGUGGCAUUGGAAAGACACUCUGUGUCCAAUGGAUACUGCUCAGCACAGCAUGUGCUGGCCAACAUAGGUAAUGUAAGUGUUCAACCUGAACUCCAACAGACGUUUUUAGUAAACCACAAGACCUCACAGCUGGAGGGGGGUGACAGCCAACCUCUCCACUACCAGCAGUUCCCCUUGCAGCAACAGCACCCCCAGCACAACCAGUUCCCUCAGCACAACCAGUUCCCUCAGCUUCAACCUCAGUGCCACAACAGCCAUAAGGAUAGUACUGUUAGCGGAAUACAGCCACAUUUUACCACCAAAGACCACUGGUCGGAGUUCAACCAGACCAGCCAAGGGCAGACGCUGAACCCUGGCCCCUGCCUCUAUAACGGACCUGUUCCAUCAACCUGCGCUACGGACUCCUGUAUUAAUUACUGCAUGGUGGAUGUUCCCGUCACAGUCAAUGGAGGCAUAGUAAGGGGGAACGGGAUUCAUCAGAGUGCAAUGAAUUCCAUUUCGUCUUACCAGAUGGUCAAUCCAAAGGGUCAGGAGCAACUAGCCCAGGUUUUGUCCAGUAUCUCAAAUCAGAUCCUGGGUUCAGGUCAGCCCUGUAGACAACUGUCCUCAAUCGAGUCCUGUGGACUGUUUACCUCAGAGCUUGCUCAAAGUCCAGCACAGCACAAGUUGCAGAAUGGCUGCCUACCCAGCGCCACCCAUCCAGGAGGCAGCGCCCCGCCCGGUGGGAAUGGACUGACGGUGCCCAACGGCAUGGCGCCGCAUCCAGAGACAUUGCCCAGUUUUAGCGACCCACAGACAAUGGGGUUCUUCCUCUGACAGGGCUGGUCAGGUGAAGGAGCAGCAACUGAAAAUGGCAGGACAUUUUUGUGUGUGUGUGUGUGUGUGUGUGUGUGUGUGUGUGUGUGUGUGUGUGUUUUCCAUAUUUGUAAUCAAAUGGAACUAUAUCAUCUGACAUGUUUACAACAUAGAGUGGGCGGGUGUGUGAGACCAAUGCUGAAGAGUUUCUCUCUCAGCACGACUAUGAUGCAUGUCAGACGUGAAUUGUUCUUCAACUGUACUUGUCUACAUCUCUGUUUCAAAGACAGAGAAAACAGACAGAAUGGUGAAUACCUCUUUUGGUUCAUCAAGCGGAUAGGCACAAGUUGGAAUCCAAGGACCUGUGCUUUACGAAGUCUUUGUUAACCCUUCUUCAUGUCAGCUGUGAACAUCACUUUUACCUCUCUGUAGAUUACUUUAUACAUUGUUGAUAUAGACAGGAAAGGUUAUUACUCUCCCUAGGAUGAAAGAGAGACCACAGGAGCUUGUUCAGUUAGGGAGAAUAUGUGCAUAAUGUUUUUAAAGAGCAAUAUGCACAGUGAUAAUUCUGAAUGGGCCCAUCUUUCUCCUGUCUGAGGCCUUCAUGUGUGUGUGUGUGGGCGUCUCUGUGUGUGUGUGUGUGUGUGUGUGUGUGUGUGUGUGUGUGUGUGUGUGUGGG